AUGGCUGCUGACAACUCUUUUCUCGUUGACUUCUUGAUGGGUGGUGUUUCCGCUGCUGUCUCUAAGACCGCUGCUGCCCCAAUCGAAAGAGUCAAGUUGUUGAUUCAAAACCAAGACGAAAUGAUCAAGCAAGGUCGUUUGGCCAGAAAGUACGACGGUAUCCUUGAAUGUUUCAAGAGAACCGCUGCUGAGGAAGGUGUUGGCUCCUUCUGGAGAGGUAACACCGCUAACGUUAUCAGAUACUUCCCAACCCAAGCUUUGAACUUUGCUUUCAAGGACAAGUUCAAGAAGAUGUUCGGUUUCAAGAAGGAAGAAUCCUACGCUAAGUGGUUUGCCGGUAACUUGGCUUCCGGUGGUUUGGCUGGUGCCACUUCUUUGGCUUUCGUCUACUCUUUGGACUACGCCAGAACCAGAUUGGCUAACGACGCUAAGUCCACCAAGGCUGGUGGAGGUGAGAGACAAUUCAACGGUUUGUUGGAUGUCUACAAGAAGACCUUGGCUUCCGAUGGUAUUGCCGGUUUGUACAGAGGUUUCGGUCCAUCUGUUGUUGGUAUCGUUGUCUACAGAGGUUUGUACUUCGGUUUGUACGACUCCUUGAAGCCAGUCGUUUUGGUUGGUCCAUUGGAGGGUUCUUUCUUGGCUUCUUUCUUGUUGGGUUGGACUGUCACCACUGGUGCUUCUACUGCCUCUUACCCAUUGGACACUGUUAGAAGAAGAAUGAUGAUGACCUCUGGUCAAGCCGUCAAGUACAACGGUGCUUUCGACUGUUUCAAGAAGGUUGUUGCCGCUGAAGGUGUUGCUUCCUUGUUCAAGGGUUGCGGUGCUAACAUCUUGAGAGGUGUUGCAGGUGCUGGUGUCAUCUCCAUGUACGACCAAUUGCAGGUCAUCCUUUUCGGUAAGAAGUUCUAA